CCUGCCACUCGCACCACCUGAUGUGGUUCUUAAGACGUACACUGGGGAAGCGGUAACUAUGAAAGGACUCACGCAGGUAACAGUUGAACUCAACGGGAAAAAGAAAAAACUGCCAUUGUAUGUGGUCUUGGGUGAUUAUCCUUCGUUGAUGGGACGUUCUUGGCUGGAGCAACUCAAGGUGGACUGGGCGGCCAUACACAUGAUGACACCUAAAACGCUGGAUCUUGAAGGGAUUCUCCGGAAACACUCUGAUGUGUUCAAGCAGGAGUUGGGCAGCAUGAAGGACAUCCAGGUGAAAUUGACUGUAGAGCCGGGAUGCCAGCCAAAAUUUCUAAAAGCCCGGCCCCUUCCAUAUGCGCUAAAACCCAAGGUAGAGGCAAGCUUAGCGGAACUCAUGAAGGAAGGGGUGCUGGAACCAGUCAGCGUGAGUAAGUGGGCAACACCCAUUGUUCCAGUUCUAAAGAAAGAUGGAGGCAUAAGGAUCUGUGGAGAUUUUAAAGUCACUGUAAAUCCGGUGUUAUCAGCAGAACAAUACCCCUUGCCUCACAUUAAUGAUAUCUUUGCUGGACUGACAGGAGGGCAAAAAUUCAGCAAAAUCGACCUCAACCAAGCAUACCUGCAGAUGCAUGUUGAGGAACAGUCCAGAGAACUUCUCACCAUCAACACCCACAAAGGCCUAUUUCGGUACAAGCGGUUACCAUUUGGAAUUACUUCGGCCCCAUCUGUUUUUCAGCGAGCGAUGGAUCAGAUUUUGGCGGGCCUUAAAGGCGUGGUGUGUUACUUAGACGACAUCCUAGUGACUGGCACUGAUGAAGAGUCGCACUUACAACACCUGGAUGCUACCCUGGAAAGACUGAAAGAAUACGGAUUGAGGGUGCGCAAGGACAAAUGUGAAUUUUUCCAGGUUGCAGUCGAGUACUUAGGCCAUGUCAUUGAUGCCUCUGGUUUGCAUACAUCUCCAUCCAAGGUUAAGGCCAUUGUGGAUGCUCCAGAGCCCGGAAAUGUAAGCCAGUUGCGGUCUUUCCUCGGUUUACUAAAUUAUUAUGGGCGGUUCAUUCCAAACAUCGCUACGCUGCUGAAACCACUUCACAAGUUGUUGUGUCACGAGAAAAAUUGGAGGUGGACCUCUGAAUGCCAGGAGGCUUUCAAAAGAGCAAAGGAGACACUCUUAAAGUCAAAUGCCCUCACUUAUUUUGACCCUGCUCUUCCCAUUCAACUGGCCUGCGAUGCUUCUCCAUAUGGUGUGGGAGCUGUCUUGUCCCACAUCAUGCCAAAUGGUCAAGAGAGGCCGAUCGCAUUCGCUUCCAGGAGUCUGAGUAAGGCAGAAGCAAACUAUGCUCAGAUUGAGCGAGAAGCGUUGAGCAUUGUGUUUGGAGUUCGUAAGUUUUACCAGUAUGUUUUUGGAAGGAAGUUCACAUUGUUGACUGAUCAUCGCCCACUCACUGCAAUUUUUGGCCCACACCAUGGCAUUCCGUCUCUGGCUGCUAGUAGGAUGCAAAGAUGGGCUUUGUUGUUAUCCGCUCACACCUAUGACAUCAAGUAUCGGAAGGCGGAAUUGCAUGGAAAUGCGGAUGGUCUGUCUAGAUUGCCUCUCGCUGACAGAAUGAAGGAGGCACAAGUUGCAGAAAUUUUCUACUUCAGCCAGGUGGAAAGGGCCCCAGUAACAGCUGUACAAGUCCGUAAGAGCACACGCAAUGACCCUGUUCUGUCGAAAGUCAUGGAUAUCGUAAUGACAGGAAAAGGUGAGACCGAUGACCUGGAGUUAAAACCGUAUGUCUCUCGACGCCAUGAACUUUCAGUGCAGUCAGGAUGUUUGCUGUGGGGUAGGAGAGUGAUCAUUCCCUCUGCUCUGCGCAAGCAAGUGCUAAAACAGCUGCAUGUGGGACACUGUGGAAUGGUCCGAAUGAAAGAAAUUGCCAGGAGUUACUUCUGGUGGCCAGGAGUAGAUGGCCAAAUUGAGGAAAAGGCAAGAACAUGUACGUCAUGCCAGCGCAUACGCAAUGUACCCCAACUGGCUCCGCUGCACCCAUGGGAAUAUCCAGAGAAACCAUGGCAGCGCAUUCAUGUUGAUUUUGCAGGCCCAGUGGAGGACAAAAUGCUGCUGGUGGUCGUGGAUGCACACAGUAAGUGGCCGGAGGUGGCUAUCAUGAAAUCUACAUCAGCUGAAAAGACAAUUGAGAAACUGGGAGAAAUUUUCAGUAGAUUUGGACCUCCGGUGCAGCUUGUCUCAGAUAAUGGCCCUCAAUUUACAUCUCAUGAGAUGGGCACAUUCCUACAAGCAAAUGGUGUGCAGCAUAUCACAUCAUCACCUUACCAUCCGGCAACAAAUGGUUUAGCAGAAAGGUUUGUCCAAACCUUGAAACAUGCUUUGAAAGCUUCACUCGGACAGGGAACAUUCCAUCAACGGCUGCAUAGCUUUUUGUUGUGCUAUCGCAGUACUCCGCACGCAACCACUAAAGUGUCACCAGCAUCUCUGUUGUUCAAUAGAGAGCUCAGGACAAGCUUGGAGCUGCUCAAACCAGCAACACUCAAAGAAACUGUCUUAAUACAACAGAGGAAUCAGGUACAGCGACGGAAUCUGCGAGCCAAGGACAGAACCUUCUCGAUAGGCUCACCAGUGCUGGCACGGAACUAUGGCGGUGGUCCGAAGUGGGUUCCAGCUACGGUGGAGGCCCAGACAGGUCCAGUCUCAUAUAAGGUCAAAACUGCUGGAGAUUUGUCUUGGAGGAGACACAGUGAUCAGUUGCUCAAGGGAGCAAACGCAGUUCCAAAUGUUUCCGAAGUUGCGGAUGUCACUGACCAAAUUAGUAACAGUACGUCAGCUCCUGAAGUACUAACCACUGAGCCUACCAAGACCGCAAAUUGUCCAUCAGUAAAGGAACCGGCAUCACCUGUUGUAUCGGCAGAAAGUGGGAGCCAAACAGGGCGCCGAUACCCAGUUAGGGAGCGACACCCGCCCCAGCGGUUGUUGGAUUAUUCUUAGUUGGAAGCUACCCUUAUUGCUCGGGGCAGAAUAAUCCCCUUAGGGUCAGCUAGGGUUUGAGGUAGUCUACCCUCACUCCCAGGGAAUUAGUUGUAUAUAAGAAACAACAAAGUUGAAUGUUCUAUAUAUAUAUAUAAAAAAAGAA